UGAUUUAGAGAGUGAGUGAGAGAGAGAAAGAUGCAUUCUGCAAAGGAGAAAGUUAGCAACGUGGUCAGUGAAGCCAAGGGAAAACUUGAUGAGACCAAAGCCAAAGCAGAAGAGAAGGUAGAGAAAGCAACGGCGAGGACAACAGAAGAGGAAAGGAUGGCUGAGGAGAAAAGGAGAGCCAAGGAAGGUGAAGCUAAGAUGGGUCUGCAUGAAGCCAAGGCAGAGCACGCUGCAGAUAAGUUGCAAAGUGGCCACCAUCACCCUGUCGGGACUGCAGCUCCGAUGGCCGGGGCCACAGCUCCAACUUACCCUCCUGGGGGAAACCCUCCUGGACAUCAUAAGUACACAUAGGUUUCUUGUAGAAAACAAGAAAAAAGAUAAGAGUAGUUGUCUGUGUGUUUGCGUCUGUAACCAUGUUUGUGUCUAUGUUUGUGAUUUGGUUCUAGUGUUUGUGAUUUUAGACAUUAUAAAUAGGUUGCUUGUAGUAAUCAAGAGAAAAGUAUGUGUGUGUGUUUGUGGUUUACUUCUAGUGUGUGUGAUUUUUGAGUUUAAUGAGCUUUGUACUAGAGAUGUUUGUGGGUGUUCUUAUAUAUUAUCGUUUAGAUUUA